CACUUCCACAACAACAAGAAGCUGAAAAACAAGGAAGUGGAUGAUCGCGAAGCAGCCGUAACCUGUUAUAAGGCCGUGACUAGAUACGCAGAAUCUCCCUUUUAACCUGAUAUUCCUCAGCCUCCGGAUCAGUCCACAGCAAUGAACAACAAAGGUUCAUAUCCACAGCAGUCUGUGUACCCUCAGCAGAGCUCUGCACCUGUAUACCCUCCUGCUAUGCAAAUGUCUCCUCAGGCACCUCCUUACACAGACACACCACCUGCAUAUUCUGAGAUAUACCAGCCCAGAUAUGUGCUUCCACCUCAGGUGCCUGGUCAGAUGCCUCAGAUGUCCUCUCCCUACCCUGGUGCUCAGGUGUUUAUGCCAAUGCAGCCCACUAUGGCUGUUGGGCCAGUGAGCCAGAAUGUCCCCAUGGCUUACUAUCCCAUGGGAGCCAUGUACCCGCCUGGUUCAACAGUGAUGAUGGAGGGCGGCUUUGAUGCUGGUGCUCGCUUCACAGCAGGCAGCAGCGUUUCCAUCCCACCCCCACCUCCUGGACAUCCCCCCAAUGCAGCUCAGCUGGCUGCCAUGCAGGGUGCCAAUGUUGUAAUGUCACAGCGCAAGAGCAACUUCUUCCUGGGUGGAUCCAGUGGAGGUUAUACCAUCUGGUAACAGCAACUUCUCAACUCCUCCAUCAUGCCUAAACGGUGUCCCCGUCCCAAAUGAUGCCCCAGUUCUACCCCCAUCCCAUAUGCCACCCUCUUCAGGCUGCUUGGCCAUGCCACAAUACUGAUAUCACCUAACGGAAUGUAAUAUUUUAGAGCCCUUGUGAAAGGUACAGUACUCCACUUGUGACCUAGAGAUCAAAUGAUAAAUGCCACUGCCUGGAGAGGAUAAAUGCAAAUUUUUAAUGUUGUAGAGUUCAUGCCAUAAUUCUUCACUGGGUCUAACCUCUGUGGUCAUUCCAGAUUGGACCUCUUUCAGGCAUUUUUUUGAAGAGAUCUGGUCUCCUUUGAUCAAAUGGAUCACAAAUUACAUUGAGAUGUUCUUGUAUACCUGUUAAGCUACGUAAAUAAAAUGUUGAAAUAUCAGACCCGCAUUAUUUAGUUUAGCCGCUUUAUGGUGAAAGUGAAACGCAGUUACAAAGUUGCAGUUAAAGCGCAAAAAAAAAGGAAAUCUCCACUUGUCUUUUUUGAAAACUUUUAGUGUAGUUAAAUUAAUAGAUGUGUAAUAGUUCCAUGUAAAUACCAGUUAUGAUGAUGAUGAUGAUGAUCAAGAGAAAUUACAUGUCAACUAUACAAAAAAAAAAAAAUCUGCAUCUUGGAUGCUUUUAGUUAGACUUGUCUUGUCUUUU